GAAGAAGACGCGCAUCAAGCGCUACUCUCCUUUCAGUCCGCUGUAGACGUCAGGAAUCAAGUCCGCGGCGUUUACGCAUGAGGUGUACUUAAAAGCAACGGAUUAUGACACGAGAAAGCAGGUAUCCACAGACUUGUCAAGGGAAACGAAACAUCAGUGGCUUCACUAAAGCCGUCAACAUCACCGGACAGUGAGCAAUGCAUAAUCUGACUGCGCAAGUCACCAGCAGCCUACUGCCUUUCCCUGGAGUGACUGUUAAUGCUCUGGGUGAGGAUGAAAUCACUCUAGACUCUGUUCUUCAUGGGAAGUUCACUGUUGGUCGCAGUGGUCUGGCAUGGCUGGCCUGUGGCCCCCAUCUGGAGGUUGUGCAUGCAGUGACAGGAGAGCGUCUGUCAGCAUACUGCUUUAGUGGUGGAGGGGAGCAUCCACCCAAUGUCCUCGCUGCCAGAGACUUCAGCUGGCUCAAAAGGUCUGGACUGCUGGUUGGUUUGGAAGAAGCAGAGGGCAAUGUGUUGUGUCUUUAUGACUUGGCAGUGUCAAGGGUGGUCAAAUCUGUGGUUAUACCAGGCAGGAUCACAGCCAUAGAGCCUUUAGUGAGUUAUGGCGGAGCAAGCACUUCCACACAACACCUCCACCAGAGUUUGCGCUGGUUCUUUGGCAUUGCUGCUGUGGUUACGGAUCUUGGUCACGUUCUGCUUGUGGAUCUUUGUCUCGAUGACCUGUCUGGCAGCCAGAGUGAACUGGAAGCUUCAGCCCUGCAGGUAGUGACCAAGUCUCCUGCAGACAUCCCCAGGCUGAGAGAAGUGGGCACCAGACAGGGUAGACAUCUUUGUCUCCAACUGAAUGGGCCGAGUGGAGUCGGAGCCACAGCUCUGCAGUACAUCUCCAGGACCAACCAGCUGGCAGUGGGGUUUGCCAAUGGAUAUUUACAGCUGUGGAACAUGAAGACUCUUAAGAAAGAAUACCACUCCCAGUUAGAGGGUGGCGGGGUCGCUGUGUACGCCUUCACCUUCCAGGAACCAGAGAAUGACCCCAGAAACUGCUGCUACCUCUGGGCUGUCCAGUCUUCUCAGGACCUCGAGGGAGAUACAGUCAGCCUCCAUCUGCUUCAGCUGGCCUUCAGUGAGAGGAAGUGUUUAUCUUCUGGGAAGAUCCUUUAUGAGGGUCUGGAGUACUGUGAGGAACGCUACAGUCAGGAGCUAAGUGGCACAGGUUUCCCUCUCAGGACACAGACGACAAACACCCGCCUGCUGAGCUGCCGCACCAUCGAGAAAUUCAGAUCCCAUCCUGACAGGGAUGACAGCAUGAACGAAGCUGCAUCUCCGGACACCAGCGUGUCUCUCUUCAGCUGGCAAGUCAAAGCCUAUGGUCAGGGAACCCCAUCCACCUUCAUAGGAGUUUUUGACAUCAACCGUUGGUACCAUGCACAGAUGCCUGACUCUUUAAGAAUGGGAGAGUCUCUGCAAAAUUGUCCCUACCUGGCAGUUUGGUCUCUGGACUCGGUGGUGCACAUGGUGUCACCACAUGUCCUCCUAGAUGUGGUGGUACAUGACCGCAGCUUGGCCAGGGCACUGCCCUUCACCUGCCCCCCACCAGAACAGUACUUUAACCCCACCAAUUACAACUUCGAUGCUACCUGUUUGCUCAACUCUGGAAUUGUGCACCUAACCUGCCCCGGGUAUCAGAAAGAGACCCUGAGCUUUUUGAGGAAAGCUGCUCCUUGUUCCAGUGAUAUCAUCUCCGCAUGCUACUCCCGCUGCCUCAUGUCUGGGCUACUACCAUCACGCCUGGCUGACACUCAGGCCUCCAGCCUCUCUCAGGAGGAGCAGCUAGAUGCCAUCUUAUCCACAGCGGUGGAGACCAGUGCCCUGGGAUUAAUUACUGGCUGCAUCAAACAGUGGACUGCAGAAGAACAACCAGGCUCUGCACUGAACCUGCGCUACGUCCUGGACUGGGCCUGGAACAAAGUCGUCCAGACCAAGGAGGAACUGGAUGGAAUCUGUGCACCGCUGUUUGACAGCUCUUCAAACUUCACAGACCCUCAGACUCUGCAGUUGCUCCAGCACACCCAGAGGCUGCUGGGUAACCUCGGCACCGUAUUCCACUGUCUCCUCAAUGAAGCUCAGGAGCUCACACAAAAAGGGCUAGUGGGGCUGAUAAACAAGAACAUGGUGUCCAGUCUGAUAUCCAAGUACGCUCAGGUGGUUCUCUGGUUCUGUCGCACUGGCCUCCUGCCAGAGGGAUCAGAUGAUGACGCUCUCCAGAUCUCCAGACCUUUCUACACCCACUCAGUCAUCAGCAACUAUUACACCAUACGCAGAGAGGAACUCACCAGGCUAUCUAAGGGCAAGUGGUGUGCAGACUGCCUGAUGAUUGAUGGUUUGGUUGGUCAGUGUGGUGAACGAUUAACCAACCUGUGGAAGAGAGAUGAGGGUGGGACAGGGCAGUAUCCACCACCGACGUUGCAUGCGUUGUUGGACAUUUAUCUCCUGGACAACAUUGAUGAGGCCACCAAGCAGGCAAUUGUAAUUUACCUUUUGCUGGAUGUCAUGCAUUCAUUCCCCAAUAAGGAUGGAGCAUCGAUUCACUCUUUCCCCUCAGCUUUUGCCAUUCCCAUUGGGCUGGUAAAGCUUGUGCAGGGCCUCUGGUUGUUGGACCAUCACGGCCAUCAGAGUUCAUUUGAGCUGCUCCUGCAUCCAGCUGCCUCUGCGUGUCACUUUAAAUGGCAGCACGAGCGUGUUCUGAAUGCUCUCAUGUGCCAGGACCAGCAUGCAAUUGCGCUGCGAUAUCUUCAGUUUACGAAGCCCGCGAUUUCCUCCACCUCCCAGGCCAAGCUCUGCCUGUCUGUUCUGCUGCACAACAGGUGUCUCAUCGAAGCGUGGUCCUUAGUACGGCAGCACUCAAAUCAACUAAAUAAGGGUGAGCUGCUUGGUGUCCUGUAUGAGAGCUGCCAGGACCUGGGCCUUGUCACCGAACUGCUCAAACUCCCACUGGGUCUGGCUGAACAGGAAUGCCUGGAGAAGUUUCUUCAGGGCACUGGAGGCCUUCAAAACAGAGAACUACUGAUGGUGCAUUACCUUCAGCAGGCCAACUAUAUACCUGCCCUGCAGCUCAACCACAAACUUAAAACCAAUCUGGUGAACGAACGAGAUCCAAAGCUGAAAGAGCGGGCCAACACAAGGAAUGCCAUACUGGAACAGUACGGGAAGGUUUUACCCAGAGUCCAAAGAAAACUGGCAAUGGAGAGGGCAAAACCCUACCAGCCUCCGUACACCAUUCACAGAGAGGUGUCUCGGCCACAGCCGCUGUCAACUCUGUCAAAACGCUCUGCAAGUGAGAAAGUGAUCUCCAGGGCUGGAUUUAUCAACAGUGUCCUGACCAAGAUUGAGGAGGUGUGGUUAUGCAAAGACACAACACCACAGUCUUCACCAAUCAGGAGUGUUGCUAAUAUUCAGAGCCCGAGCAACAGGCCUUCAGUCUUCCCUGAUCCCUUUCUUGGAACUCCCAUCACCAUGACCUCCAAACGAAAGUCAAGGCUGAUGGACUUGGUGGUUCAGCCUUCGUGUAAGAGCCCUCAGCUCCUUCUCAGCCCACCCAGACCUCCCACCUCCUGGGUUUCUCCAAAAAGCAUCAGCAAAGCUCCUGAACUCAGUCUCCUGCAAACACCACAGGUCGUCAAGCGAGCUCGAGCCUUGGCAGCCUCCGGCCCGGUUUUCUCAGCCUUCACUCCCCAGUCCAUCCUGCGCAGCAGCCUGAGGCCCACACCUGUUGCCACCCCUUCUGCUUCUCCAGGUCGCUCUAUCACUCCUCCGCUCCGCAGCAAAGAAAGCCGCAUCACUUUCAUCAAAGAGGCAGAAUCUCCUGAACUGGAGAAGGACAUCCAAUGGACCAACGGGGUGGCAGCAGACAGUGAGAUUAGCCUGUUGACCAGAGGCUCCACACUUUCUAAGGCUGCUGGUAAUACUUGGUCUGCACAGCCUACUGAAGAGGAUGUAGAUGAAGGAAAGGAGCAGCCUCAUGUGAAGUUCUUGCCUCCUGAAGGUGGUGUUGCCUCUCCACACCUGAGAUCCUUUGAGUCCUCAUCCAUCCAUGAAGAAACCAGAACAUCACACACUACACAAACUCGACUUAGCCUGAGCUUUGACACCACUCAGACGCCUGUGCGGUCCACCGACACCACCCUGGAGUACUAUGACGCACCUCUAUCAAUGGACGAGGAAAUUGAAGAGCAACAGGCAGCGACAGAGCAAGAUGAGGAUGUUGUGACGCUGAACAUCAAGGUUCUAACCAGAAAUGAAGAACCAGAAGAAAAGCCUUUACCAACCCCUGACCAAACGCCUAUCUUUACACUGGAGGAAGACGAAGUGGUGAAGGAAGAUACAAUAUUUAAAGAUUUAAUAGAGGAAGAUCACGAACAGGAGGCUGAGAAAGAUGUUCAGUCUGCACAGGAAGAUGAACAGGAAGUUGAAUCAAGCAGCAAACAACAAUAUGAUGCAAACCUUGACCCUGAGGAUAUGCACAGUCAAGUUUGUAAACAGGUGACUGAGACCAUGGAUGCUACCACUGUGGUCGAAUCUCAGGAUGAACCAGUGACAGCCACUGAACAAGAUUUCCAGUCUUACGCCACAGAGAUUACUGAGCAUCUGAAACCUUGUGAAGCCAUAGAACAAACAAGUGAACCAGAGGAGGAUCUGGAACAAUCAGCAGAUCUAACAGAGUUUGUGCAGCAGCAUCUGUUUGGCAACGAUCUGUCUCCUGUACUCACCCGCUCAGGAAUCCACAGUGCAUCACAGAUACAGGUGUCAUUCAACAGUGAGUCACUAGAGGAGGUUGAAGGAGAGGAGCAGGCAGCUGCUGAGCCUCCCCCAGUUCUCACAAGUCAGAAAUCUAACGCCUCUGUGGCAUCAUCUGAGCCAACAGGCACAGACUCCCACUCUGUUGUGAGUGUAAACGAUAGUGAAGAACUUUCUAGCCCUGCAUCUGAGGAAGAUGAAGAUGAGGAGGAGGAAGAAUCUGAGGAGGAGGAGGAGGAGGAAGAAUCUGAGGAGGAGGAGGAGGAGGAGGAGGAGGAAGAAGACUCUGGUAGUGAGGUGGAGAUCAUUGAGGAGGUGCAAGGCAAUAGGAACCUGCCACCCAUCACGCCCAGUUCAGUGUUUGUUCAACAAGGACACGCACACUUCCUGCCAAGUCUCUCGGAGCAGGAGGCUGCUGAGUUCUCCCUGAUCACACCUGCUGUAGAGAUGAAGGUGGUAGAAGGGGACAUGGAGGAUGAGGUGGUGAUGGUGAGAGUUGGUACCAAUGAAGGAGGGAUGGAGGACAAAGAGCAACUGUCAUCGUACAUGGAGCUCAAACCUUCUACCACUCUCCUGGUUCCCCUGGAGCUCGUGGAGGGACAACAUGGUCCGCUGGAUCUCCCCGAGAUUCAGGAAAAUGUUGUGCCUGAUGAUCAAAGGACUGAAACUCACUGCGGCUUCUCUCUGAUGCUCGAUAUAGAGGAGGACGAGAAUAAAGAGGCAGACAAGCUUCCCAUGGAGAAUGAUCUGCAGUCCUCCAAUUUCUUCAUCCAGACUUCAGAAGAGGAACCUAGUGAUGAGCUUAAUGAGGAGCCUGUGGCCAAACCUGAGGUUAUUCUUUUGGGUACCGAUGUACAGGAUACACCCCUUCAUGGAGAAGUCAUACAAGAUGACCAGAGGAAAGACGUGAACAGCCUGGAUGGAAUGGAGGUAGCUGAGCUAGAACCAGAACCUGAAAAAGUCCAAACUGUCAUACAAGAUGACCAGAGAAGAGACAUGAAACACCUGGAUGGAAUGGAGGUAGUGGAACCAGAAUCCGAACCUGAAAAAGUCCAAACCGUCACACAACAUGACCAGAGGAAAGACAUGGAUAGCCUGGGUGGAAUGGAGGUAGAUGAGCUAGAAUCAGAACCUGAAAAGGUCCAAACUGGCCAUCAGGCUUUAAACAUGGGGGAAACUGAGGAGAUAGAGGAGGCCAAUGUUCUGAAGGAUGCAGAAUUGGUUAUGCAGGCUGAAGAUCCCAAUACUGCAGCUCUUUUUGUAUCGGCUCCAGAAGAGGAGCUCCCUUCGGUUGUGGUUGAUGUCUCUGUGGCAAAAAAAGAUGCGGCUGUUGAGGAGAUGCAAGACGAGAAGAAAACGUCAACACCUGCUGUUGAGGAGAUACAAGAGGAGAAGGAAACAUCAACACCUGCUGUUGAGGAGAUACAAAGGGAGAAGGAAACACCAACACCUGCUGUUGAGAUACAAGAGGAGAAGGCAACACCAAUACCUGCGAUUGAGGAGAUACUAGAGGAGAAGGAAACACCAACACCUGCUGUUGAGAUACAAGAGGAGAAGGCAACACCAAUACCUGCGAUUGAGGAGAUACAAGAGGAGAAGGAAACACCAACACCUGCUGUUGAGAUACAAGAGGAGAAGGCAACACCAAUACCUGCGAUUGAGGAGAUACAAGAGGAGAAGGCAACACCAAUACCUGCGGUUGAGGAGAUACAAGAGGAGAAGGCAACACCAAUACCUGCGGUUGAGGAGAUACAAGAGGAGAAGGCAACACCAAUACCUGCGGUUGAGGAGAUGCAAAAGGGGAAGGAAACAUCAAUACCUGCUGAUGAGGAGAUGCAAGAGGAGAAGGAAACAUCAAUACCUGCUGCUGAGAUACAAGAGGAGAAGGAAACAUCAACACCUGCUGAGGAGAUGCAAGAGGAGAAGGAAACAUCAAUACCUGCUGCUGAGAUACAAGAGGAGAAGGAAACAUCAACACCUGCUGAGGAGAUGCAAGAGGAGAAGGAAACAUCAAUACCUGCUGCUGAGAUACAAGAGGAGAAGGAAACAUCAACGCCUGCUGAGGAGAUGCAAGAGGAGAAGGAAACAUCAAUACCUGCUGUUGAGAUACAAGAGGAGAUGGAAAUAUCAACACCUGCUGUUGAGAUACAAGAGGAGAAGGAAAUGCCAACACCUGCUGUGGACCAGGAACAACCUGAAAUGAACGGCCCCAGUGAGACUGACACACAGAUUGUCCCCAGUGCAGAGGGAGAGACUGCUGUGGAGGAGGAGCAGCAGCAGGACCACAGAGCCUCAGAGGAAAUUACUGAAGUUACUGAAAAAAAAAGAACCACAAGAGGAAGGCCGAGAAAAGAAAAGAAACCUGUGAAUAAUGAACUAGAUGAACAGCCUUUUCCAAACACCCCCACUUCUCAGAGGAAGAAGGCUCCUUCCACGCCAACAAGGAGGACCACAAGAGGGAGGAAGGCUGUUUCUUUUAUUUCUCCUCUCCCAGAGGAAGAAGAGGAGCUUGAGGGGGAUGAGAAAGUAGAGCCAGAGAUAAAGAUCCCCGUCUCAACUCGUGGUACACCCAGAAAAAGCCAGUUUCAGACCAGCACACCCCGAAGAAGUACUCGCAAAACUCCUAGAGAUCAGGAUGAAGAGGAGGAGGCUGUGGACCAGCUUCCCACUGUUACUUCAACCUCCAAGGCCUCUUCUCCUUCCAGGCGACGGGUUUCCCAGAAACCUGCCACAACAAGGACCAGCCAAAGUGUCCUGAGUAGCAGCGAGGAUUUGUCUCCAGACAGUGAAAUAAACGAGGAGGAGGAGGAACACCAGGAAGAAGAAGUGCCGCAAAUGAAAUUUGGACGACGAACAACCUCCAAGACUCCCACUCCAGCCAAACGCAGGAGUGCUAAGGCAGACACUCCCAGGAGAUCCAGCCGGAGAAUACUGAGCAGCAGCGUGGUGGAGGCGACGCCAUUAAAGAGCUUGGCAGAGGAGAAUGAAGUGGAAGAAGAUUUCUCUCCACCCGUCAAACACAGCUCCAGAAGGAUGAAGUCGGAGCGGCUGGAGGACGACGAGGACAAAAAACGGCAAAGUCCCAGCCCGGGCAGGGCGACUCGACAGUCCAGCCGAAUUUCCCUCGAUAUUUAUCCACAAGUGAAACUGGUUCCUGUGUCACUCCCUCAGAGUGCAAAAAAGAUGAGACAAGCGACAACCACCGAAAACACAAACGAAGGCGAUGACCUACACGAGUCUGAACAAAACCGCAACGCUAGUCACAGCAGCUCUCGUCGACCGGCCAGAAGCAAACUCUGGAACGACACAGAGGAAGAUCGCCCCUUACUGAACUCUCCUCUGGAGGUGGAUUCUGAAACUCCCGUCGCAGACGCCCUCAUCAAGAGACUCCAGCAGGAAGGAGGAGUAGUUGUCUCAAAGAUGGUGAGAACCAGCAAGAAGAGUACGAAGGCGUUAUUGGAGCAGGCCGACGCGUUGCCGUCUGUGACAGACGACCCACUCCCUGAAGCCCCAGAGGACGAGUUGAGUCCGGGCGAGCAUUCAAUCAUCUACAACCCGCCACGGAGAAGAACAAGAGCUCAUAGAGCAGAGUCACCUGGUCCAAGUGAAGAGACUGCAGCGCCUGUGACUCGCAGCAGGAGACAAGUCAAAGAUGCUACUCUUCAGGAUGCAGCUGCUUCUGAAGAAGAUAAUGCAGAAGUGACGACGAGAAAAAAGCGCAAAACAACAGCCAAAUCCAAAUCCGCUUUGGAGCCGCCUCCUGAAGCAGAGGUCGACCUGAUCUCGCCUCUGCCCAGCCCAGGCGAUCUGCUCCCACGGUCACAGAAGAGGGUUAAAGAAGCAGAGGCCCCGGCCCCGAGCAUGAACCUCAGACGCAAACGCAUUAUGAACAUGGUUUUUACAAAACCAGUUACACGGCGGAAGAAACUAUGAGGAGGUUGGUGGUGUCUAGAAACAAAAACCUCGUAGCUCCACCUCAAGAUCAGAACCAAAUAGUGUUGGAUUGAGUUAAACUCUGGGUUCUGCGUCUUCAGAUGCCUCAAACCGCUGCCGUUGUCUUUGUGUGUAGGACAAUACAAUAAAAGCAAUGAGAGGACUUUAUUUUUUUGGAAGUUUACUUGUCCCACUCAACUUGAUUUUUGAUCGGUGGCCAUUUUGUGUUGCUCUUUGUAAUCAGCCGGGCACAAAAAGGAACUAGUGGUGAAAAACAAAAUCAUUGUGUGUGUGUGUGUGUUUCAAAAAGCUGCCACAGAUAAAAUCCAGAGACUGAACCUAAUCUGCCUCUGAUUAAGGGGUUUUAUUCAGAUGUUGUUUUAAUCUUUUUCAUUGUUUACUUUUAAGGUUUUCGAGGCCUGCCGUUUCUUCUAUUUAAGAAGAAACGCAACCCUUACCCAGUGGAGAUGAAACAUUUCUACUGCUAGAUUUGUAUAUAGUCUUUUGCUAUGUUCCAAAUAAAGUUAAUAAAUAAAUGCUUAAGA